AUGGGACCUCACGAUCUGACGGAUGAGCAACUGCUACAAAUGCUCGCCGCAGUGCUGGCGCAGGUUCAUAAGGAGACUUUCUGGAAAUUCAUCGAUAAGAACGUGUCUUGGGAAGUCGUCAGCAUCAUCCUCGGCAUUGACGGUAUCGGAACAACUACGAGGCGUUUCGACAAAGUCUACGAAAUGCUCAAAGCCAGAAUCACCUUCGAAGAAUCGGCUAAAUCAAAGAAGAGAAAGGCGGAGAUGGUUGAAGCAGAAGACGGAAAUAUGGCAGAUGGAGAGGAGGAGGAGGGUGCGCGACCUACCAAGAGACUUCGCCUUGACGAGGAUGGAAAGGGCACAAGCAAGAAGUUGAGAAGCCGUUUGAGGGCGACACCACGGAAGAGGCAGAAUAAGAUGAGUCUGAGGGCGAGAUCACAGGCGAGGAGAUAG